AUGCAUUACGACAGGAUACCCGAACGAGCAGACGACGACCAAACUUGCACCAGCACGUUGAGCUUCGCGCCGGGGAUCUCCGCCGACGACUGCGCCGGCCUCACCGGGGUCAUUCGGGGCCUUGACCAGCUCUCGCUCGUCAAGGAGUUCGCCGAAGGGCCUUUGUGGUGGAUGACCCCGUGGGCGGCGGAGAUCGAGGGCACUGAGGCCCGUGUCAUGAAGACAUGGCACGAAUGCGGGCAACCGCACUUUACGGUGCAGCUGUGGGUCCAGUACCGGGGGCGGUGA